CCGCAUUUCCCUCUGCUACAGUCCUGAACCAGGUUGAGACUGCAGGACGGACCAGCGCUGUCUGCCACCCCUUCCACCAUGGAGCCUCAGCGAUAUCCAAUGAGCGUCCGUUUAGCUGGAGUGAUACACAAGGACAAGUGUAAAAUGUACAUGACCUCUGUGCUUUGGUCGGACAAGGAUGAAAUCGUGGUGUACAGAAGCUUUCAGGAUUUCAAGAAACUGCAUAAGCAACUGAAGAAAGCAUUCAUGCCAGCGAACAAAUUAAAAAAAUCUGACAGAAUCAUCCCGAGAUUUCAAUACAGGAGGUUGAAGCGCAGCAGUCAGAAGAAAGGCACGGCCAAGGUCCUGGUCCUCCUGAAGUUUUUGCAGAAAUACUGUAAUGAACUUCUGAGCUGCGACCCGAGAGUCUCCCAGUGUAGGGAGCUCAUCCAGUUUUUUACCCCUAAAGGCAAGGACCUGCAACCGGAUUUCGCAAAGGACAGCAUCGUGAUCAUGCACACAGACGACGAAGUCAAGGGCAGCGGCGGACACGGCACCACCGGCAACGUGACCCAGCCGUUUGUCACGGAGACGUACAAGUGCGUGGCCACGUACGAGACCAAAGACACCAAGAACAAACCUUUCAAGGUGGCCGUGAAUGAAAAAGUCGACGUGCUCAUCAAAGACAAAGCAGGAUGGUGGCUUGUGGAGAACGAAGACAAGCAGAUGGCCUGGUUUCCUGCACCCUACCUGGAAAAACUAGAUGAGGAUGAGGAUGACGAUGAUGAUGAUGGUGGAAUUCCUGAAAGAGGAGUCCUUUACACUGCAGUCAAGAGCUACAAGGCCACCAAAGAUGACGAAAUCACCGUGAGCACCGGGUCGGUGGUGGAGGUUCUGCAGCAGUCUGAAAACGGCUGGUGGCUCAUCAGAUACAAUGGAAAAUCAGGUUACAUUCCUACCAUUUGCCUGCAGCCCUACCAGUUCCCGCAAAUUCAAAUGGGAGUCCACCACCAAGGUCGCCGCCUCUCCACCCCACUCCUGGGCACCUCCUUGGGCGCCUCCUUAAGCCUGGAGCAGCAGUCCCAGCACAGCCACUCCCAAGGAAACCUGCUGCAACUUCCACCUGCCAGGUCACCCUCCCCAAUCCAGCAACACAGCAAUGAGCAUUCUCGGCCUGUGUUUUCCCCGCGACCUCCCGUGCCGCCUGCAGCAAGAGAUGCUGCACCUCCUACAAACGUCACCUCACCCACCUCAACCACCUCACCCAUCUCCCCAAACCCUCCACCCAUGAUCAGGGUGGAGCUGGACGGAGAGGAGGUACAACGCGGCAGGAGCCCGACGCAAAACAGCGUGGACAGCGUGGACAGCUUCAACAGCGACUCCAGCUUCAGCGAUGACUUCAGCGACGUCUCCUCCUCGACAGGCUCAUUCCUCGACCUGAGCCAAAGCCUCAACGAACAGCAGCUUCGUCUCAGCCGCACGCCUCCGCCAAUUGUGAGCAACCGCCUCAGCCCGGUGUCCAGCCCGACCGCCAACCCAGAGGGGAAGAUGAUCCCCAGUGUCUCUGACCCCAACCUCUACAAGGGGCCCACAUUACCAAAGGUGCCACCUCGACCAAGGGCUCAGGAGAUCCUCACCCGCUGUACCACCGUCACGCGAAAGAAUGCAGCCAAAGGUGCAGCGUCACCCACACAAACGGAGAUAAUCAGCCGAUGAAGUAUCAAAAUGUUUUAUUUCCGCGGUGUAGCAAUCUCAUUUAUUCUAUGGCUUAGAAUUAAGGGUGCCAAAUUUGGAAAAUGAAAGAUACUGGAGACAGAAAAAUUUGGGGUUUUAUUUUUCAAACUGGAAACCUUGUGUUGUGCCUUACAUGCAUUAAUGUCUAGUGUACUGAGAAAGAUGAUCUUUUUUUUAUUUUUAUCUGUACAGCAAACUCUGUGAAUCUCUCCAUGUAACUUCUAGGUGUAUUCACAAAAGAAAAUAAAAAACUAAUAAAAGCAAUUUUAGGAACUCA